CCCAUGCCUGCGGCAGAAGGCCUGGAGGCCUGGGCAGGAGGGUGGGCACACUACCAAGGGGGCCAGGGAUUCUGAACUCAAAACGCAGGCCUUUCUGGAGUGGAAGGAAGAAGUAGCAGAAGGUGAAGCAAGGCCUCCUCUGGCUCAGGUUGCAGGAUGGAGGGAAGUCAGCACUGUGCUGUCUGCUGCAAAGAUGGCCCAGUUCACAAGCUCAGGUUUUGCUUUUAGAGGAUCCUACCUUGGGCUUGCUGGAGCCCAUUCCCUACCAAUGCACAGCCCCCCACUGCUCUUGCAUCAAGUGUUCUGCACCCGUGGCAACACGUGUGCCCUGUGUCCACGUGGGAGCAGUAACCGGCAAAAGACAUCUGCUGCCAGCACUUGUCUUGGCUGCUCCUUCAGGAGGCCGGCACCUUAAUCAGAGACACGGAACACGUUUGCACCCCUGAGUUCUCCCUGUCCCCUUCACUUUUCCCAAUGCCCUGGCUAUCAGCUGGGAGUCGCAGCCAGACAUGCAGAACCUGGAGCUUUGAACAUCAGACUGGGCAGCUUUUAUUUUGCAGAAUGCAAGAAAAAGUCCAAAUAACACGAGGAAUCUUGACAGGAUGUCUAACCAAUCUAAUCUUCCUGCAAAACUCAGCAACUGAGGGGAGUUUUGUGCUGCAGCUCAUCACUUGCCCGAAAAAAAUCAUUCCUCCAAGGAGAAAGUGUUUCUGCUCUGACAGCUGCUGAGCACAGCCACCAAUUGCUCCAGCUGCCGCUCCCAACAGCCCCCUGCAAGAGCACAGACAUCAGUGCCCGUUGGCUUUGGCUGCCCUGGGGCAGAGAAGUGCCCCGGGGACACAGCUGUGUGGGGCAGGAGACGGGCACCAGCCCUGCCAGGACUGGGGGCGGUGGCAGGUCUCCUUGGGCGAGGACUUGCCAGAGCUGCUGAUUUUGGUGCAGCCCCGGGCAAUGGGGUGGGAGCAGCAUUGGUGCCCUCGCCCCCACGUUCCUUCUGUGUGUCACAGCCCCGUGUUUGGGAGGGCACCAGCCGGCACUUCUCCCAAGGAGCCCGUGCCAGCUCGUGUGGAGGCCCCGUGGCCUUCCCGCUGCGGCUGCGUCGGCAGCCGAGGGGGCUCCUUCUGCUGCCGUGGGCAGGCACAGCAGGGGAGGGUUUGCUUAGUUUUUCAGCUGUGCCUAAAGUUCGUGUCCAGCUGUCUUAGAUACUUUGGAGAAUGGACUCCUUCCCACCUGAGGCAGGUUGGCCGGGCUGGGGGAGUCCCCAGGGCAUGGGGCAGGGUGUCACAGGGCCCUUUGUGACACGUGAGGACAUAGUAGUGGUGGUGAGGUGGCCACGCCUCAGUGCUCCUCGGAGCAUGCAACGGGACAGACGGAACAGAGCGGUGCUGUGCGGAGCCCCCGUGCAGCCAACUCCUUCCUUUCUGACCCGGAGCAUUUUGGUGGAUUUUCUGUGCUGCGAGCGUCCUCAAGGCCAGACCGUGGGACUUGGUGACACGGAGCUUUUGUGAGGUGUCCCCAAUCCCUGCGGCAGCUGCCCUUGAGGCCGCGCUGCAGCACUUGCUAACCCCUAGCGUUUGCUAGGCUUUUCUGUCUUUCAGGUGUCCUUGAGCCCAGACUGCAGGACUUGCUGACCCAUACCGUUUGUUAGGCUUUUCUCUCUUUCAGGUGCCCUCGAGGCCAGACCGCAGGAUUGGGGACCCGGAAAUUUUCCGGAGUCUCCAAUCCCUGCGGUAGGUGGCCUCGAGGGCAGCCUGCCGGACUUGGUGACCCGGAGAUCUUCCGAGGUGUCUCUCUCUUGCAGGUGCCUUCAAGACCAGGCUGUGGGAUGGCGGGAAGACGCCUGAGCCUGCUCAGGCCCUUUCGGAAGAAGAAGGAAGGCCCUGGAGCUGCCCCAACCCAGCACCCGGAGAAGAUGGAGCAGUUGCAUCCCCUGCAGGAAGAUCCAGGACGGGACCGGACACAAGACCAGGACCGUGCCCGUGGCUGCUUCCGCAGGGCAGCACAGGCCUUUCUGAAAUUCUUGGGCAUUCGGCGUAAAAGGACCACAACCAGACCAACCGAGGUCAUGGCACAGCCUGACCCCAGCCCGACUGAGCUCGAGGCAGACCCUGAUGUCACCAACACACUGACUGAUGGCACAGGAAACUCUGAUACCCCGACGAUUGUUCACACAACAAAGUCUGACCCUGCUAUGACUGAUGCUACAACAGACGCUGACACCCCAUCGAUUGUUCACACAACAAAGUCUGACCCUGCUAUGACUGAUGCUACAACAGACACUGACACCCCAUCGAUUGUUCACACAACAAAGUCUGACCCUGCUAUGACUGAUGCUACAACAGGCGCUGAGAGCCCAUCGAUUGAUCGCACUGCAAUCUCUGACAUCCCGUUGAGCGAUGAACCCACAAACUCUGGCGCUGCACCACCCGAUCUCACUGCGGAGGCCGACACUGCAAUGACCGAGGGCACUGCAGACACUGACCUCGUGCCCAGGGAGAGUGCGAACUAUGCUCCCACUCCAGAUAUUUUUGAGGAGAAUGGUGUCUCCAGUCCAGAGCAAGUGCCAGCCUUCGUCAGGGACGUGCACCAGAGACUGACAGACAGUGCCACUCCAGAAGAGAAGCUGCUGGCAGAAUUUCUGAGGCUGACUGAUGAACACCCUGCUGAUGUUGUGUUCACCCUCCUGCGCUGUGCCCCAUCGUGUGACAGAGCUGCUGCAACCCUGUGGAAGACCAUCGCCUCAUCGGGAAGGACAGUGGUGAAGGUGCUGCCAGUGCUGCUCCGUGUGAUGCAGAACUGGCCACAGCUCAGCAUGUCCACCUCCGACGGGGACAAAACACAUGUCUUUGCCCUGGCUGCAACCAGGGUGAUUUGGGAGAUUCUCCAGGUGCUCCAGUGCACAGAGCCAUUGAAAAAGUAUUCCACCCGUCUCGUCGUGGAUCUGCUCUUCCAGAUUUCCAUCAGCCCAGAGCAGACACCAGAGGAAGUUGACACCUUGUGGAGGGAAUGCCAGAAGCAAUACGACCUUCCAACAGACUCCAAGAGGUUUGCAGUGCUGACCAUGAAGGCCCUGCUUUGUUAUCUGGAGUGUGAAGAUGUCGUGCUUUCAAUGGAACGGAAGCGUGGCUGGGACACGCUCCUCAGUGCUGACACUCACCACUAUGCAGUGGGUCUGCUGGCCAGGGAGAUGCGCCGUGCCUCGAGCCCCUUGUAUUACCCGAUUGCCCGCUGCCUGCUGAGGCUGCUCAGCAGAGAGAAGACCUGCUGGGAGCUUCCUGCCAUGGCGUUCGUUGUGGAGGUCCUGGACUGCCCAAACAUGACUGAAUGGAGUGACAGCGUCCUGGAGAUCCUUUCCAGGCGCCUGUGGAGCCAGUGCACAGAGAUGCGUCGCCUGGUGUUGAGAGGCCUCGUGGUGCUGAGCAAGGCUCCUGUGAUGGCUGACGGCAUGCGGAGCCUGACACGAAGCCUCGUGGAAGUACUGUGGGAUACAGACAGAGAGCUGGUCAGGAUGGCCCUCUCUGUAUUCAUCAAUGAAGUCCAGGACAGAGACAUCCGAAUCUCCACCCCCACUGCCCUGCGGCUGGCUGAGGUGCUCCAGCCACUCUUUGGCUACGACAACAUCCAUGUGCAAGUGCUCUCCAUUUACCUCUUCCGAAAGGUGAUGGAGUUGGGAGUGGAGGAGAGUAAACAACCCCUGAAGACACACAUCAUCUUCAGCCUGCUCCCACUUUUUUUCCACUGGCAUAAUGAGAACCAGGAUGUGGCAGAAGCGUCUCGGGAAGCGCUGCUUCGUGCAGUGUGGUUCCUGAAGAGGAGGGAUCUUGUGAAGCUGCUGGAGACAGAGCAGCCUUGGAGGUUCAGUGAGUGCCUGCUGGAAAAGGACAAGAGAAGAGCGGUCGACUAUGUGUGCCAGGCCCUGCCGUACCUGGAGAGCCCACAGGAGCCCGUGCGAGAGGCGGCCCUCAGGUUCAUUGGGAUCGCCGGCAGGUACCUGCGGGGACAGCGGGUAGAGCUGCAGAUCGUCAUUGACGUUAUUGAAGGCAUGACUCCUGACAGCGCUGCUGUCAAAAGCCUGGCACUUCAAACCCAGGAAAUCCUAAGAGCUGUCCAGAGACCUCAGUUUUAUCCAGGUUCCAGCGGUUUGAAGAUCAGCUCCAGAAUGUGCAGAAUAGGGAGGUUCCUCUGUGGGGCAGCUGCCGGAGGUCAGCGGAGAACUGAUCCUGGGAACCCUGUCUGAUGGGACCGCCUGAGCCUGCGGGACAGACCCCUCUCUGCAACCAGUUCCUGUUCCUCCACCUUGAGACUAUGAAAUCCCUCUUAGCAUACA